AACCGAGUCGUUGAUCCGCAGCGUCAAGCUCAAAGUUAUUUUAUUUUCAUCUUUUUUUUUUUCCACGUCACGCCCCAUCCAGCAUGACAGACGUGUGGCAGAGUGCCAUGGACCAUGCCGUCGCUGUGGCGCGAAAAGCUGGACAGAUGGUGCGUGAUGCGGUGGGGAGCCUGCAAAAGGAGGCGGUGAUGGUGAAAAGUUCGUCCGUCGACUUGGUGACGCAGACGGACCAGAAGGUCGAGAAACUCAUCAUCCAAUCGGUCAAGGAGAAAUUCCCGACACACUGCUUCAUAGGGGAGGAGUCUGUGGCCGCAGGAGAAGUUAGCAUCCUGACUGAUGCGCCCACGUGGAUCAUCGACCCCAUCGACGGGACCACCAACUUCGUUCACACCUUCCCUUUCGUCGCCGUUUCCAUCGGAUUCUCCGUCAACAAGCAGGUGGAGUUUGGCGUGGUGUACAGUUGUUUCCAAGAUCAGAUGUACACGGCCCGCCGGGGGAGGGGCGCCUUCUGCAACGGGGAGCCGCUGCAGGUUUCCCAGCAGCAAGACAUCCAGCAGGCCAUCAUCGCCACGGAGUUCGGGUCCAACAGAGACCCUCAAACGGUGGACAAGAUCUUCUCCAGCCUCAAAAGGGUCGUCAGCAUUCCUGUCCACGGGGUGCGUGGCGCAGGAAGUGCAGCCAUCAACAUGUGUCUGGUGGCGUCCGGCUGCGUGGAGGCGUACUACGAGAUCGGCAUCCACGUGUGGGACGUCGCUGCCGGGUCGCUUGUCGUCGCCGAGGCCGGCGGCGUCCUGAUGGACGUGGAGGGAGGCCCGCUGGACUUGAUGUCCCGCCGUGUUUUGGCUGCCAACAAUCAGAGCGUCGCCGAGCGUCUCGUCAAAGAAAUCGACGCCUUCAGUGUGCGCCGAGAUGACGUGGCGUCAUGACCUCUGCGUUUGGCAUCAAUAAGUAACAAAUCUUACAUUUUGCUGGCGUCAGUCCCAAACCUCCUUUGUCCAACUUUGGUCAAUGUCAUAAGAUAAGACAUAAGACGUAAGAUUUUUCACAUAAAAGAUUAUGACAGACCCCACAAAUAAAGAUUACAAAAAUAAAUAAUCUGGCACUUAGCCGUUUUGGUUGUGUGGUGUGCUCCGAUAAUAUUAACACAGAACACCACACACAAAGAUUCUGUUCACCAGCCAUCUCGAAAUCCCACAAAAACUUCCGGUUUUGCAGACCUAAGGACAAUCUUUUGGGAUGAUCUCAUAAGACUUAAGAUUGUCUGGUGUUUGACAAGGUUGGAAAGGGGCAAAAUUGGCACAAUAUCAGGCCAAUUGUCUUAAUGCGUGUACCGGGCUUUAAGCACGUUUCCUCAUCCGCCCUCCAGAGAGGCUGUAGUAAGUCUAGUGCCCCGUGAAGGUGAAAUUAUCAUAUUGCACGUUUUGAUGAUAUCAACCGCUCCUGUACUCUGACGGCAGCUGGAACCAACCCUGGAAGGUAAAACAUCAUAUGGCACUAGAAGUUUAGAGGCAGUUACAAUAUACGCCAUACUAUGUAAAAGAGAACCCUAUUCAAACUGCCAUUGUCAUUUUUUACUUGACAGAUAAUUUGAUCAAUGAUUAUUUACACAAAUACACCAAAAUCUAUUUUACUCCUGACUUCCUUCUCAUUUUUUUUUCACAAAUUCUCAACAGCUUUUCGGACGCCAUGUCCACAACGGCAGUGACAAUUCGGCACCGAGUGGCACCACCUGGCGUAAAAAUUUGGUGAAGUUGAUGGUUAGCAUCAGAUGACUGUUGACUGACUUGUUUUGAUUUGGUGUGAAAUGAGGCAAGGAAGCAGGAAGUGCCUCGGAUGCUUUAUUUGUGCAGAAAAAACAACUGAAAAUGUUCCCGUAUGCGGUGAAAAUAAACGUUUAACUUUGGACAGGCGUGGCCCUCCACUCUUUCCCCUCUGUGAGCGCUCGCGGCUGGUGCACGAAGACGCUGAAUCGGACGCCCUGAUUGGCCGCCGCCCUGACGAAGCGGCUGUUGGCCGUCAUGGUGAUGGCCUGCAGCGAGUCGCCGGUGCCGAAGAUCAAGAGCGAGCGGCGGUUGACUUUGGCGCUGGGCGCAAGCGCCAGGGCUCGCUCUGACGGCCGGUCGUCUACCAGGCGCAGGCGGGCCAGUAGCUGGCGGGCACGCUCCUUCUCGUCGGGCCCGCCCAGCGUAUCCAGGAUGAGCUGAAAGUCACAGACGGCGGCCCGGCAGGCAUACAGCUCCUUGUCUGCC